GCUCCCAAAGUGUUACAGGUAUACAAAAACAAAAAUAUGGGACCGAAGCUAAGCAAGUGUCAUAUGGGUCAUACUGGUGGACAAGACGGACAGAUGGACUCCCACCACGCGUCCGGAGAUCUACACUCAGCUGGACCGUCGCAUUCAACGCCUCUUGAGAUACUGACCCAGUCUACGUUAUCGUCUGCUCCGGGACUGCGGCGUUCACCGUCUGAAUUGUCUCCCCAAUCCGAGGUGCUAACAUCUCCCGUACAGUCGCCAUCUUCACAACAGUCGCAGUCAGACUCACAGCACUGGCUUUUCCCGGGACAGCUGUCGUCGGACUCAUUGCAGAGGACGUUGCCUCCUGGCCAGAUGCCGUCGGAGCUUGGAACGACGCCGCCGUGGCUGUCCCCACAACCUUCGCCGCCACGCCGACUGCGUCAGCUACACGAGACCAGCAGUGAACCCGUGUCGAAUUUCGAUGGGCUGUCGUCGUCGUCUCUGGACGUGCGGUCGUCAGCCCAUCGUGUGCGUCCUAGUGUCGGACUGACGGCCAUGUCGCAGCAGUCGACGUCGUCACAUUCGGCGACUAAGCGAGAACUAGAGUCUGACCAAAGAUGGACAUCUCAGGAAGGGGAGUUUAGCCCAAGACGAGCAUCUCAAGACCUUCAGGCUGGUCAUAGACGACCAUCUCAAGAACUACAGGCUGGUCAAAGACGACCAUCUCAAGACCUUCAGGCUAUCCAAAGACGACCGUCUCAAGAACUACAGGCUGGUCAAAGACGACCAUCUCAAGACCUUCAGGCUAUCCAAAGACGACCGUCUCAAGAACUACAGGCUGGUCAAAGACGACCAUCUCAGGAACUACAGGCUGGUCAAAGACGACCAUCUCAGGAACUACAGGCUGGCCAAAGACGACCAUCUCAGGAACUACAGGCUGGUCAAGGGCGUUCUUCACGACGGCCGUCCGUCGUAGAACUAGAAUCUGGUCCAGAGAUACAGUUCAUUCCUGGACAAACGUAUCCUGCUGCCCGGGAGACACCCGUUGACUCGUACACCAAUCGCGAAAACAUACAGCGUCGCUCGUCCACGCGCUGGCAUGCGCCGAUGAUCGACCUGAUCGGUGAUCCUGACGACGAGGACACUUCUCCGCCGAUUCAAUCCAAUUCUUCCAGGAGGCAACCGCCUGCCAGGCAUGAACAGUCCCCCGCCAAGCCAGAGUCCACUUCCGUCUCGUUUUCUGGAAGCAGGCGCCGUUCAUCUGCACGCAAGUCGUCUGCGGACAGUAACGCACCAGCUUUAGUACCACUAUCAAACGGACGUGUUCUGAGAGGUAUAUGUAAAACAUCCUGCUUCAGGACUCGCAAGAACGUCUCGUUUGGAUGUGUGUACGUCAAGCAAUUUGAAAAGGAAGACAGCGAAACUGCCAGCUCAGAGUGACCUCGACUGAAACACGCAGUCACCAUACGGAGGCUGUAGCCACGCAUCACCACGGAGGCUGUAGCCACGCAUCACCACGGAGACGUCAGUUUGUUGACAACCGCGGACACUACCCUAAAUACGAGAGUGUAGAGUGCUAGACAUGGUGGUGGGUGUCUUGACGGGAAUGGCGGACGUCGGGUCGUGUGUCCAGUCGUCUCCAGUUGGUUCCAUACAGUGCAACCCACUUAAAGUGACAGAUCCUAGUGUUUUUUAAUCACUACGCCGUAAUUUUCACUAUUAGAGCCUUUUUUUGGUGGGUUUUUUUAUAACUGAAAUAGAACAAAAUCAUGUAAUUAUUUUGCAUUGUGUAAAAUUACAAAAAUGUUUGACAUUCAAUAGCCGAAGAUGAAUAAAUCAAUGUUCUCUAGUGGUAUGAACAAAAUGAACUUUAUUAGGCGGGGUCAAUGAGGUGAUUGGCAAGAACUGUUGAGGGAGAAAAUGUCCUUACAAUGGCACACACUGCGCGAUUUUUGUAUGCUACGACUUUAGGUCUCACUACACAAAUGUCAUCUGCCCUUGAAAUCCAUGUUAAAUUGCCCAACGGCAAAUGAUGAUUGCCAAUAGAACGGGUUCUCGUUGGCAC